GUGAUGAGGGGAGGGGGGGUAUGAGGAGGCCCAAGGAGCGUUGGGACAGAUUUGCACUCAGGGCCACCUGAGGGACUUGAUGGUCGCGCUCAGCUGUGUCCUCCCCCCAGCAGAGACACAAUUGUCGUCUGGGAGUAGGACACUAUUGAGGGGUGGGUUGUCGGGAGGACAUUUCUCUGGCUGCGCUGGAGGCGAGGUGUGGAGAGGCAGGGCUGGGGGUGGGGCCGGGUCGUCAGGGCGUCUGAGAGAAAAGACCCCCACCCCUGCCCCCCCAACCAUCUACACUGGCUGAGUGGACACUAAGAUGGCUGCCGUUGCCAUGGCACCCAACCCUGUGCAGACCCUUCAGGAGGAGGCGGUGUGCGCCAUCUGCCUCGAUUACUUCACGGACCCCGUGUCCAUCGGCUGCGGGCACAACUUCUGCCGAGUGUGUGUAACCCAGUUGUGGGGAGGGGAGGAUGAGGAGGACAGGGACGAAUUAGACCGGGAGGAGGAGGAGGAGGAGGACGGCGAAGAGGAGGAAGUGGAGGCUGUGGGGGCCGGUGGGGGCUGGGACACUCCUAUGAGGGAUGAAGACUAUGAGGGCGACUUGGAGGAAGAGGUCGAGGAGGAAGAGGAAGGUGUGUUCUGGACCGGUGGCAUGGGUGGGUCCAACUGGGACAACAUGGACUAUGUGUGGGAGGAGGAGGAUGAGGAAGAAGACCUGGACUACUACUUGGGGGACAUGGAGGAGGACCUGAGGGGGGAGGACGAGGAGGAGGAAGAAGUGCUGGAGGAGGACGAGGAAGAGGAGCUAGACCCUGUCACGUCACUGCCCCCGCCUCCAGCCCCUCGGAGGUGCUUCACCUGCCCCCAGUGCCGAAAGAGCUUUCCCAGGCGGAGCUUCCGCCCGAACCUGCAGCUAGCCAACAUGGUCCAGGUGAUACGGCAGAUGCAUCCAGCACCCGGUCGGGGGAGCCGUGGAAAUGAGCAGGGUAUUUGUCCCAAGCACCAAGAAGCUUUGAAGCUCUUCUGUGAGGUGGACGAAGAGGCCAUCUGUGUGGUGUGUCGAGAAUCCAGGAGCCACAAACAGCACAGCGUGGUGCCAUUGGAGGAGGUGGUGCAGGAGUACAAGGCCAAACUGCAGGGGCAUGUGGAACCUCUAAGGAAGCAGCUGGAGGCUGUUCAGAAGAUGAAAGCCAAGGAGGAGAGGCGGGUGACAGAGUUGAAGAGCCAGAUGAAGUCAGAGCUGGCAGCUGUGGCCUCAGAGUUUGGGCGGCUGACAAGGUUUCUUGCUGAAGAGCAGGCAGGGCUGGAGCGGCGCCUUCGAGAGAUGCAUGAAGCCCAGCUGGGGCGUGCAGGAGCAGCGGCCAGCCGUCUGGCUGAGCAGGCAGCCCAGCUGAGCUGCCUGCUGGCUGAGGCCCAAGAGCGGAGCCAGCAGGGGGGCCUGCGGCUGCUCCAGGACAUCAAGGAGACUUUCAAUAGGUGUGAAGAGGUACAGCUGCAGCCCCCAGAGAUCUGGUCCCCUGACCCGUGUCAACCCCAUAGCCAUGACUUCCUGACAGACGCCAUCGUGAGGAAAAUGAGCCGGAUGUUCUGUCAGGCUGCUCGAGUGGACCUGACGCUGGACCCUGACACGGCUCACCCGGCCCUGAUGCUGUCUCCUGACCGCCGGGGUGUCCGCCUGGCAGAGCGGCGGCAGGAGGUUGCUGACCAUUCCAAGCGCUUUUCAGCCGACUGCUGCGUACUGGGGGCCCAGGGCUUCCGCUCUGGCCGGCACUACUGGGAGGUAGAGGAGCCUAACGAACCCUUCUGGCCUCCAGCUCGGCCUCCUCUCACCUACUAUCUGUCCAACAGGUCUGCAUGGGUCCCUGAUAACAGCUGCUUGGUCUUCCCUCCCUCUGUAUGCCCAGGGCCUGAAUUUGAGUAGGGGAGGGGAUAUUUAAUUUCAUUAACUUCCUUUUCCCCAUCCCUGCUUUUCAACCUUCACAUCAGUUCCCAGGCUGGAGGAUUUGGGCAAGACUCAUGACUACCCCUAUUCCAAUUACAUUUUCUGAUGCAAGUUUUAGCUAAGGGAUUUGGUAGCUUUCCUGGGGGAGGCAGGAUGGACUAAGGGUAGAGCUGGAUAAUAAAGAACCAUCUACUCUCUGGGGGAAGGAAGGAUUCUAAAUUUUCUUCCAUCCCCAAUUUCUACCUCCAUAGACUGGCCAGAAUUUAGCUUCAAUGAGAGAUCUGGAAUGGUCGACAUGAUUGAAACUACAUCUCCCAAUAAAUUAUUUUCUUCCCAUUUUUUCCAGCACUUAAUGUAGGAGCAAAGCUCACCCUACCCUUUUCACUGCCAGGCUCCUUUCCCCUUUGUUCAGUAGUUCCUUUUGUCAUUCUCCAUCAUCUUCAUGUCUUUAGUUCCAUUUGAUGAGCCCUGAUGGGGAGCCUGGGGACCAGGGUUUGGGUCCCUACAAGGAGAGCCUUGGGUAUAAUCUAUUUUUCUAGUAACCCUUUGCCUUGUCACUUACCAGCUUUUGUCCUGUGCUUUGAUAGCCCAGGUCAAUUUAUGUUCCUGGGGAAAAGGGAAGUUGGGUUGUGUUGUGGAAAUAAAGUUUUAUUUGCUGCUUUU